CAGGGUUUUCCCUCCGCCGCUCCCUUCCUCUCCAUCUCGCUACCGCGCUAGUCCCGCCCCCGAGAUAGGGACUGGGAGUUUAAUAUUCCCUCUGCCCGUCUUCGAUACCCGGGGACCCAUUUUACUAAACUGCAAUUUUUCCUCACUACUUUUUUUUUGUGUUUUAACUCUCCGAAACUUUAAAUUGAUCCACAGUUUCACUUCCACCCCUCUCCUGAGCAACUUUCAAACCACAAGCCAUGCUACUACCCUCGUCACUACUACUCCUCCUUGGCCUCCUUCCUUGGAGUCCCAGUGCAUCAUGGGCUGCUAAAGUGAUCGUGGUUCCACCCAUCAUGUUUGAAUCACACCUGUACAUCUUCAAGACGCUGGCCACAGCUCUACAGCAGGAGGGUCAUGAGACCCAUUUUUUAAUUUCAGAGGGUCGUGGUGUACCCCCCUCCCCUUACUACCAGUUACAGCGCUACCCAGGGAUCUUUAACAGCACAACCGCUGACAAUUUCCUUCAGUCCAAAGUCAGCAACAUUUUCUCAGGCAGACUGACAUUUCUUGAACUUUUUGACAUCCUUGACCACUACUCCCAGAACUGUGACGCUGUGGUUGGAAGUGUUGAGGUAAUGACCCGCCUCAAGGAGGCCAAGUUUGACCUGCUGCUGGUGGACCCUAAUGAGAUGUGUGGUUUUGUGAUUGCUCAUAUCCUGGGUGUGAAAUAUGCCGUGUUCAGCACAGGCCUGUGGUACCCUGCAGAGGCAGGUGCCCCAGCGCCCCUUUCAUAUGUUCCCGAAUUCAACUCAUUAUUGACGGACCGCAUGUCUCUGGCCCAGAGGAUCACCAACACCGCUGUAUACCUGGUGCAGCGCUUUGGAGUCCGUUAUAUUGCAUUACCUAAGUAUGAUCGGAUUAUGAAGAAACAUGGAGUGACGCCUCAAGUGGCCAUGUCUGACUUGGUGCAGGGCAGCCGGCUGUGGAUGCUGUGCACCGACAUGGCUCUGGAGUUCCCAAGGCCCACCCUGCCCCAUGUGGUGUACAUAGGCGGCAUCCUCACCAAGCCCCCCAACCCACUGCCACAGGAUUUUGAGGCCUGGGUGAAUGACACAGCGGAGCAUGGCUUUGUGGUUGUGUCGUUUGGAGCUGGGGUCAAGUACCUUUCCCAUGACAUAGCUCACAAACUGGCAGGAGCCCUUGCCAGGCUUCCCCAGCGAGUCGUCUGGAGAUUCUCUGGAGUUCCACCCAAUAACCUUGGCAACAACACCAAACUUGUUGAUUGGAUGCCUCAGAAUGACUUAUUAGGCCACGCCAACACAAAGGCCUUUCUGAGUCAUGGCGGUCUGAACAGCAUCUACGAGGCCAUGUAUCACGGGGUGCCGGUGGUAGGUGUGCCCCUGUUUGGAGACCACUAUGACACCAUGACUCGUGUGGCAGCCAAAGGUAUGGGUAUCAUGCUACACUGGAAGUACAUGACCGAGGAAGACCUUUAUACAGCCCUGAACAGCGUCAUCAAAGACAGCAGGUACCGCCAGCAAGCACAAACUCUUUCCAACAUUCACAAAGACCAGCCAGGCCAUCCAGUGACCAGGGCAGUCUACUGGAUCAGCUACAUCCUACGUCACAACGGUGCCGACCACCUUCGCUCCGCUGUGUACGAUGUGUCCCCCUACCAGUACUUCCUGCUGGAUGUGAUUUUCACUGUUGGAGCUGCCCUGGCACUGACCAUUUUUGCGCUGCGACGGUUGGUACGAUUGCUGAGGGGGAAGACCGAUGACCAGAGCAGAGGAGGUGGCGUCUCCAAUGAUAAUGGUAACAUGGCCAAUGGACAUUGUCAUAGCGAGAGCAUGGCCAAUGGGAAACACAAACGCAACGGCUCCUUGAAAAACGAGAAGAAGAUUAACUAAUGUUUAUAAUGGCCAAGAAAGACGAGGAUGAAGUUGCCCCAAGGACUCAGCUCUAGGUUUUGAUAAGUGGUUUUAUAAAAGCUUUGAAAGAAAGAGUUUCUUGGUUCUUGGUUGAAUGGCAACUGCUACUCAAAACGUGAAAGAGGCUGUAGGAGGAUACACAAUGCAUCGUGUGUGGGACAGAGCGAGGCAUCGGGUGCUCAAAAUCUGUGUUUGUGUGUGUGUGGGUGUAUGUGUAUGUGUGCACUGAGGCAAAUUUAACAAAAACUCUUAACAAAAGCAGCUACAGCAAUACGACACCAAAUAGGAAAGUCAUUAAGGAUGAAACACAGGAAAGACACACAAGGAGGAAAUCGGCUCUCUUACAUGAUCUCGGUUGUCUUCCUGCAUUCCUUACCAGUGAAAGGAUGAAGAGGAGAAAUCCUGAGCGCCAACCCCUCAUCCUUAGAAAACAAGAAAACAAAUGGAUAACUUUUGAUUUAAUGUCUAUAACUGCAAACUUUGCUUUUGCAAUUGUCUGGUAAACUGUAAAUAGAGGAAACAUCUAUUUAUUACUGUAAAAAUACAUUUUAAUGAUGAACCUUUUUAACCUUAUCUUGUUUUUAAUUUAUUACAUAAAUCAAUGGUGUUAGAGCAUUAUGAUAAAUGUACACGCCCUGUUAACUAAUAUACGCACAAUAUUGUGUGUGUCAUAAAGGCGAAACAUACAAAACAAAGACUGAGAGCUGCAAUCAUUAUCAGUUUGCACAGGUCUGUACUUUCUACAGUUGCAUUAUGCACGGUAUUCAUGGUCAUCUUAUUUUCAAAUUCACCAGUGUCCCUUUUCACAUGUUAGGGCCAUCCCGUGACUUUGUACUGGUAGAGAAUAACUCAACAGUUUUUGGCUUUUGUAUGUAUGUACGAUGUAAUUUUAUCAGAAGAAGAAGAAUAAAAGCUACUACCAAUGAUACUGUAAAAAGGCAGAGACUACUGUAGAUGUGCUUAAGCUCGUCCAGUCAUGUGAUCAGGGAUGAGUCAGGGCAUUAUUGAUUUAUGACUACUUGCUCCAUCAGUCCACUAUCUUUAUUCUGCAUCCCUCCUCUAUUUAUUAAUUAGUGAGAAUUCAUCACUUGUUGGCCAUUUUGAGCGCUACACUUGGUUUUGUAAAUCAUUCCUAUAUGAUUGGAUUGAAAGUUCAGUUCUAACAAAGCUUGUUUCAAAUUACAGAAUUCAGGUAGAAAUCCAUUCAAGACUUCUCUUCUGCAAAAUAACGUCUUUUAGAUUUAGCAAUUGAGGUAGAAAAAUCUAGGUAGACCUUAUGUAAUUAUAUUAACAUUGAAUGUGAAUGAUUCACAUUCUGUAUGUGGCCUUUUGUAAUGCAAAUAUUUGUUAAUGCAGUAUGAUUGAAUAUAUUUGUAUUUGUGCUUGUUACUGUUUCAAUUAUUGUGAGUUAGAUCACUGUACAGCUUUAGACUGAGUGUAUAGAUGAACCAAGGAAGAUUAGGUAUGUUUUAGCCCACUAAGAGAUGUUAAAACAACCACUGGCUUGUCCGCCAUUCUGUGAAGUCCUCAAAUUAAGUGUAUACCCAUGCACGGGAUUCUUUACGCUUUCAUUCAAUAAGACCAAAGUUGCUUUUUUAUGGUUCUUAUUUCUCAAUCCACUCCACUUUAGUUUAGUCUGGUUUCUAUGCUGUCUUUUAAUUCUUAAUGCAGUUGAGGAAGGGUGUUAGGAGGGUAAUAGAGUGACUUAGUUCCUUACUACUUCUACAAUGAAUAAUACCAUGUCAAAUUCUCUUUUGUUGAGCCCCUGUUGAGAUCAAAGUACAGGGCGAGCAGAAGAGUAUCUUUGUUAUUGUGCUAAUAGCCAUUUCAGGAGGGCAUGUCUUUCCAGACUUGCGGACGGAUGGUUUAUUACACCACCAGGUCUGAAUAAAUGCAUUUAUUUUCCUCAAUUGUUCAAGCAUUACAGCACAGACAACUAUAUUUUAAAGAUACAAAUUGGAACCAACAUUGGCCUUCAGAGAUUGCUCAGCAUUUAGCAAAUUACUCAAGCAUGGUCAAUACAGCAGUGUUUUACAGGAAACAAAAGAACAUGCUAUCACUUAACCUGUCAAAAAUUGUUGAGGACUUAUGAUUCAAACACGUGUAUAUCCAUAUCCUGUUUGACAGUUAAUUAUUUUCCUUUCUCUGUGAGCUACAACUACACUUGCAAAGCCCAACCCAGCCCUGCUGAAAACAAACCAUUAUACUUGAAUCAUUAUCAUUAUAAUAACCAUCUAUAAAAGUUCAACUGGUGGGUUUGCUAGGUGGGCCUGCAAGUGCUACACAAGCUAUGAACAGGGUCUGGAGAGAGAAAAAACGAAAAUUGUGAAUGUACAUAAUCUUUCAUUAUUUUCAGUAUAAAUGUUAAAGCUCUGGUUAAAUGUCCACCCAUGUCCAUUCUUCACUAGUCUAUUCCCUGCAGUCCGACAUGUCUCUGUUCUUGUGCCGUUUCCAUUUCAUCAGCUUGAAGUUUCUCUUUGUUCUGUCUUCAAUAGUGCACUUGCCUGUUCCAUUUCUCCACUUCUUUGUAUUACUUUUUCACUUCAUUGUAUUCUUGUGUCAUUCCUCCUCUCCCGCCCAUAUUAGAUGUCUCUUCUCACGCUUAUUUUAUAAAAACCUUUUCACUUUGAUUUUCAAAUGACAAAGUCCUCAAUUUUCCUGUCAUGUGUGUCCAUGUUGUAAAUAGAACCGUGUAAACAAAAUACUAAUGCUGAAUAAAAAUUACAUAUUUUGUUUGCAGA